GUCAUACAUGUACCCGGAUAUUGUGCGCCUGUUUGGACGUGCAAUCGAUGGAACUUGUUCGUGAGCGAGACUUUGAGGAACCGUUCAGUGUUCCUCAGUUUGUGGAAGAUCUCACGUCGCAGGUUCUACGUGAACCAGACGGAAAGAAGCGAGAUGAAGACCGGAUCGAUACACGGUCUCUUUUGGAAGCGUUCGAGCGAUCAAUAGACACUUUGCAAGGAAUGAGCGAAAAGACAUCGAGAAGAGUCGAAAAGUUGUCGAAAGUGUGUCAAGAAGAGGAACGAAAAUAUUACAGCAGCGUGUCGCAAGUUGAAAAAGGAGUCUCACAAGCUUAUCAUCAUUUCCAGGAGUUAGAUGAGAGGAUCAACGGAGUUGCUACCAAGGUCGUUCAUUUGGGAGAUCAGUUGGAGGGGCUUAACUCUUGUCGAAGCCGAGCUGAAAAUGCCAGACAAGUCAUGCAGUUUUUCUUAGAGUUUUUUCAGUCUGAGGAACCUUCAUCUGUUAUCUUUGUUGAUCCAUCUCAGCUUCACAAGGCAGCAGAAGUGAUUCAAAAACUCAACUUUCUUUGUCAAGACUUACCUAACAAGUUUCUUGACGUCAAAAUGCGGAUUGCAAGGAAGUAUGUUGAAAUUGAACGUGCUCUUUUGCAAGAAUUUGAAGCAUCUCAUGUAGCUGGUAAAAUUUCUCGUAUGAAGAUGUGUGCAGAUGCCUUGGUUCAAUAUAAAGAUUAUAACAAAUGUGUGCGCAGUUUCAUCAAUCACUGCCAAAAGGGUGCUUUUCAAUCUGGAGAUCUAUUUGAGGAGAUGUACAAGCUAACUGGGCAGGUGUGUGACUUAGUCAAGUCAGUGUUUCCCUCACCAGAACCAGUAGCUGAUGAAUUUAUUCAAGACCUAUUUGAGCGACGACUUCAGCAUCACGUAACAGAGCAACUAUCUGCAGCUAGGAACCAGGAAGGCUAUCUUGCAACGUUGUUUACUCUUUACACAAAGACACAGAAAGUAGCAUCUAGGCUGGAGGAAUUUAGACACUCUUCUGAUUCAGCUUUUCUUACUCGUCUCACACAGUCUGUUUUUCUACCUCAUCUUUCAACAUACAUGAAAAAAGAAGAGAAGUUUCUGCAAGAGAGAUACAGUCAGUUGCUGGCAGGAUACUAUGAUUCUGUUGGGUUACAUAGACCCAAAGGUGGUGGAGGUUUUCGUUUCAAAAAGGGAGAGGGUGGAGGAAGUCGACCUGGAGAGACUUUUAUCUCUGAUGACGUUGCAACAAUGAUGUUGCAUGAAAACAAGUUGGCGCUGAAACGAUGCACUUCAUUGUCGUCAGCAGCUGAUCUGUGUGCUAAUGCAAGUGUAAUUUUUGAAGUUUUGCUGGACUUUCUGUGCUUUAGACACUUAGACAAUGCUGUCGAUCUUGCUCUGGCUGCUUUGCCUUCAGCGGAGCCAAAGAAUAUGCCUGAGAUCAGCCUCUUUCCAGUCAUCAGUCAGCUAAGCAAGACAUUCAACCUGUUGGAUAAGCACUUUGUUGACAAUGUUGUGCCACUCAUCAGUUCUUCUCCUGUUCAUGCUGAGUGUCUUCACAAGAAGAAAGAAGUUUCUACACAAUUAGAGAAGAAAAUGGACAGUGGCAUUGACCAGGCUCUUACUUCGCUUGUUGGUUGGAUCAAACACAUACUCUCUAGCGAACAGAAGAAAUCAGACUUCAAGCCGGAAGACACUGUCUCUUCUACUGCUGUAGCAACUGCAGCAUGCCAUCGUGCAUGUGAGUUUCUUGAUACCCAACGGCAGAUUGUGUCUGGUUGUUUGGAUGGGAAGAAUCGCAUAGCAACAUUGAUGGAACUGGGAAUAAGAUUUCAUCGGUCCGUGGUUGACCACAUACAACAGUUCACAUUCAACUCAAUUGGUGGCAUAUUUGCUAUUUGUGAUGCUAAUGAGUAUCGGAUAAUUGUCAAGAAAUUUGAAAUGCCUUUUCUCAGUCAUUUGUUUGAAGUAUUAUAUUCAUUGUGUAACCUCUUUAUUGUUGAACCAAAAAACUUGAAGCAAGUAUGCAGUGAAGAACCUAUUGCGUUUUUGGAGAAGUCUGUUGUGCUCUCAUUUAUUCAGCUCAGAAUCGACUACAAGAGUUCAAGACUUGCCAAGUACUUUGCGAUUUAAUUAAUACUACGGGCUCAGACGAUUAGGAGUAGAAUAAAGAGUUAUUAUUCACGUGAUUGUAACAUCCGGGACUUAAAUAUUUGAGCGGGUUUCGAUACUCGUGCACGUACCAGUUUAUGUACGCAGAGCAGAGAGAAUGACUACUGUUCAAACACA